UACACUUUGUCCUGUUUUCAGCACAGCAGACAAACCCUGUCAAGGUUUAAGUUGUGCACACAUGCGGCCCUGGGGAUCUGGAGACUGGCAGGAGGUUGCCAGUUUGAGGGCAGCCUGAGAACCGAAGAGAUGUUGUCUGAAAUGACACUGCUCUGCAGCACGGCGGGGAACCCUGAGGAAUUAACACUGAACCCUCCAGAAGGAAUUGUGGCAGGCCCUAUGAAUGAAGAGAACUUUUUUGAAUGGGAGGCUCUGAUCAUGGGUCCUGAAGACACCUGUUUUGAGUUUGGUGUUUUUCCUGCCAUCCUGAGCUUCCCACUGGAUUACCCACUGAGUCCUCCGAAGAUGCGCUUCACCUGCGAGAUGUUUCACCCCAACAGUGAGUGCCUCUUCUACCCCGACGGCAGAGUCUGCAUCUCCAUCCUUCACGCACCAGGCGACGACCCCAUGGGCUACGAGAGCAGCGCCGAGAGGUGGAGCCCUGUACAGAGUGUGGAGAAGAUCCUGCUGUCGGUCGUGAGCAUGCUGGCAGAGCCCAAUGACGAGAGUGGUGCCAAUGUGGAUGCUUCUAAAAUGUGGCGGGAUGACCGUGAGCAGUUUUACAAGAUUGCCAAGCAUAUCGUAAAGAAGUCCUUGGGACUGUGAGGCUGCGCCCGCAUUUGGGCACACAUGCCCCACAGAGCUGUCCAGCUUGCUCCUGCAGACUCUUGGUGUCAGUGCUGCCAUUCUGGCACCAAAACUGGCCAUUCACAGACCCACAGCCCGUUCUCUUACCUUCCACCCAGACAGCUCUCUCCGGGACCGGCGGUUCACUCCUUGUCGCAGCACCACAGGGUCCCUCCUGGGUACCCAGCUUGGCCAUCUGCCCUGUCUUCACUACCUCUUCUCCCUCCAGCAGCGUGGCCUGCGGCUGCCCUCCCAUCCUGAGCCACAGGCCAGGCCUCAGGCUGAUAGGACACCAGCGAGGCUCUGCGAGAAGACUUGUGGCCUUGGAAGCAGUGGGUAAAGCUGUGGGCUCGUGUAGGUGCCCGGUCAGUCCCUUGUGCCCAGAGGUGUUCAUCGCUUCCCUUCCUGCCUGGUACCUACCAGCAGCUGCUGCUGCUGCUGCUGCGUUCUCAGACGCCCUUCCAGGAGACGCUGUGGAAGUGCUCCAUGAACAGGGAUGUAGAACACAUGGCUACUUCGAGCCACAAAACCGAUGGCUUCUCCUGUUUGCGUUUUAGGAAUUUGCAUUCAGGUCCUCAUUACUGGCCCUCUGCUGGAGAGCAAGCUGAGAAGAGCUCUGUAGUUUUAGUGAAGUCUUCUCCUGGAUCCUGCAAGUUUCCCUUUUUAGUCUAAAGCUGAGAAGCUCCAGGGUUUCUCCCUGUACGUGGUUGGCUGCACAGGAAGCCGGCUGAGUGGCGCAGGGUCGUGUGGCGGUCUUCGUGUCCCUAUCAGCGGACAGGGCUGAGCAGCACAGUCUGGAGAAGGCUCGUUCAAGCAAUAACAGACCUGGCUCCGGUGGGAGCAGACACCCGCCUGUUGCAGACAGGUUCGAUUUAGAUAGGAGUUUCUAUUUUUAAAGUAAGAGACGGCGUGAUACACGCAGUAGGUCUCACUUCAUAUUGCCCCUUCGCUCCCCGAAGCUGGUGUGGCUCGCGGACUGUUACCUUUCCACCAGGGCCCCCCCAGCCCAGGGCUCUUCCUUUUUAGAGGGAGUUGUUCACAGCUUGGGUUUCGGGACGGACUUGUGUGAGGGACGGGUGGAGAAGGACGGUAUUGUACCCAAGCAAUAUUCCCAGGCGUGAAGGACCGUGAGUGGUCUGUGUGCGAUGGGCUGGGCAGGCAGCCACAAAGCAGACGCCGGAGUGCUGGAGGUUACCAGUUGGCUUCUGUGGGAGCGGGGGGCCGGUUUCAUUACAAAGCAAAGUAUUUUUAUUCAUUUGUAUUUAUUAAACGAGAAAUCCCAAGUUUUCCCUCUUCUGUGGUGGAAUUUCUUUACUGUAUUAUAAAAUAAAGUUCUAUAUUC